AGUAAUAGUUGAAGUAUUGUAUAUUGUAUAAUAUAGUCCAAGCACGCCUUUCCCGAAAACAAUUGUCAAAUACUAAAUGAACUGGAGACUGUCUUACUGACUUUAACUUCAUCCCGUUGUAACCUAAAUAACUAUGCAGCCUUAUUGUAAAUACAACGACAAGAGUAAACGUUGCGUUACCUGGUUUAAUCAAGUCUGUGCCGACUGUCGCUCGCAGUUCCCGAAAAGCGGAGGUAAUCAACGCCUCAAGGAAGGUGGCCAGAAGUCGAAGGUUGGCCUCAUUAGCGCCGAGGAGUGCUACAGGUCGAUAAAAAGAAGCACCGAGCAACUGGCUACGGACAGUUACGAUAAGGAUGAAAUUUGGUGGAAAGUGCCGCUUAUUUUACUAGUUCUAGGCUGUAUCCUGGUAUUAUCAAUUGUCACCUGCCUGGUCUGCCAGAAGGUGGUAAUGAAGGUACAGGAACGGCUGUCACAGCAUGUUGAUUUCAAUGUUUGCGAACCCAAAAAGAAACGCAACGUUUGCCGGAGAAGAAGGAAGCCACCAUCGCCGCGGCCUAAUUCGUCCUUUGAUGAUCGAAAGUUCAGCUCCAAAUGCUCCUGCGCGCCAAAAUCGAUUAUCAGUCAACCAGCCUCAAGAUGUAAUUGAAAAAUUCCAAUUGAUGGUGGAAGGAAUCUCAGUUUACAUAUUCAUUUAUAAUAUGUCUAUAAACAAAAUGGUAUAUUUUGAUAUGUAAGUAUUCAAUUAAAACUGAAAUGGA